AUGAACUGGGACAUCUUGCAUAGAAAAGCCAAGGCUGCUGUGCCCUCAACCGAUUUGGUUCCAAGGCGGUAUUGGAUUGCUGUUCUCCUGCAUGACAGAUCCCCCGAAAACCAUCUCGAAGAGGGGGAUCUCCUAUGGAUGAAAGCUCAUGGGAAAAUUACGUACAGCAGAAUUGUGACAGAAUAUGCGAAAAGGCACCCUGGCAUUAAUAUCGAAAUCGCGUUCAUGGAUCGAGCGCUUCUACCAACAACUUGCGUCAAGGACCUUAAUUACUACUCGGACAAUUUCAUUGUCUUUCGAGCACAAGCGAAACUAGCGCGGGAGCCCCUGCAGCCUAUACAGUGUCAAUUAACGACGGAGCAUCGCUCAUCACAAGGUGAUAAGCCAUCUAAUGGUGCAUCUCUGCAGCCUUUGCAGCAUCAAGUGGCCAUUGAGCCUCGAUACUCGCAAAGCGACUCCUCCAAGGUAGUUGGAAAGUUCACAAGUACGUCUCCAUCUGGAGCUCUAAGUGGACAUCAUGUGCCAAAGAUUAAGGCAGAGAGGCGAUCCCAGGGUUUCAUGGAGGAUGCUCAGUCCUCCUUCAAUCCGGAAGACUGCUUCAAGAGAGAUUUGUCUCCCAAUGCGGACGAUCAGAGUCAGUCUAGGCCUACAGAUGAGUUUUUACGACAAUUGAUCGACUCACAACACCCCGAGAUCCUAGAAGCUGGUGUUGUCAGAGCACUGAAUAUCUUGGAAUCUCUUCAGAACUUGUUCUCUCAAUAUGUUGCAUCUAGCCAGGAUGCUGAAAUGUGGAUCAAAGCAACUUCUAAACUGGCGGCCCAGGCCGAACGAAAGCGCACUGUCGUUGGUGUGGUUGGCAACACUGGAGCUGGAAAGAGUAGUGUCAUCAAUGCUUUGCUUGAUGAGGAACGAUUAGUCCCAACCAAUUGCAUGCGUGCAUGUACGGCUGUGGUGACAGAAAUCUCCUGGAACGACAGCAAGGACCCCUUGACUAGAUAUCGAGCAGAAAUCGAGUUCAUCACUCCGGCAGAUUGGGAAAAGGAACUUGAUGCACUGAUGAAGGAAUUCCUGACGGAUAAUGGAACCGUAUCGAAAGAGGCAUCCGAUCAAAAUUCGGAUGCUGGAAUAGCCUGGGCCAAGUUUCGUGCAGUCUAUCCCAGAAAGACCAAGGAUAUGCUACGCGACUGUACCGUGGCUGGGCUAAUGGCAGAACGCUCUGUUCUCAACGUACUUGGAGCGACCAGGAAAAUUAAUAAAGCGAGACCGGAUUUCUUUUAUCAGGAAUUGCAGAAAUACGUAGACAGCAAGGAAAAGGCGACGAAGGAAGAUAAGGAGAAGAAGAAGGACAAGAACAAGAAGGAGAUCCCUCAAAUGGAGUACUGGCCGUUGAUCAAAGUGGUGAAAAUAUUUACUAAGUCCCCAGCACUGUCUACAGGAGCGGUGAUUGUCGACCUACCUGGUGUCCACGAUUCAAAUGCCGCGCGAGCCGCCGUUGCUCAAGGCUACAUGAAACAGUGUACCGGCCUCUGGAUCGUGGCUCCUAUCACUCGUGCUGUCGAUGAUAAGGCUGCGAAAACCCUUCUCGGCGAUUCCUUCAAACGCCAACUAAAGUACGAUGGGGGAUUUUCUAGCGUCACAUUCGUCUGCUCCAAAACAGACGACAUUUCAAUUACCGAGGCCAUCGAUAGCUUAGCACUUGAAGAGGAGAUCUCUGCUCUUGAAGACCAAGAGCGGGAAUACAAAAAGACUAUUGAAGAGCUUCGAAAGAAGAUCCAGGACCUUGUGGAAUCCAAGGAAGUGUACAAGUUGGCCAUUGAGGGGGCGGACAAAGACAUAGAGAUCUGGGACGAGUUGCAGGACAAGUUGAAUGAUGGGGCAACAGUAUACGCUCCAAACCAGAGCAACAGCAAGAGGAAGAGGGAAAACUCUGGCGAGAAAUCUCGAAAGCUACAACGAGCGAGAUACUACGACUCUGACGAUGACAUGGAUGAUUCUGAUUCUAACUCAUUCGAAGCGAACAGCGAUUCGGAAAAUGAUUCGGAUGUUCAGGGUAUUCAACCGCCGCGGACGCCGCUAACCGGGGGUGAAAUAAAGUUGAAGCUCGAAGAAUUGAGGAGCACCAAGAAGAACGCUAGGCGAGAGCGCAGUGAGAUCAUACACAAAGUGGAUAAGGCUAGGAAGGAAAUCCGGGAUAUCAAGGCUAAGUUAGCGGAUAUUCGAGCUGAGAUGAGCGCUAUCUGUAUUGCUGGCCGGAACGAGUAUUCCAAGGGAGCCAUUCAGCAAGACUUCGCCGCUGGAAUCAAAGAACUCGACCAAGAGAAUGCUGCCGAAGAAGACGAAGAAACAUUCAAUCCUGAUGAGGACCUCCGUGACUAUGAUGAGGUUGCUAAGUCCCUUCCUGUUUUUUGUGUUAGCAGUCGAGCGUACCAGAAGAUGUGCGGCCGCCUUCAAAAAGACGAUACCGUCCCUGGAUUCAAGACUCGAGAAGAGACUGAAAUUCCUCAACUUCAGGCACACUGCAAGAAGCUUACAGAAGCUGGAAGAAUUCAGACAGCCCGCACCUUUCUUCUAAACCUAUGUCAACAAUUGACCACAUUCUAUAUGUGGGCGUCGAAUGACGGCUCAGGGUUGAAGCUGAGUGACAAUGAGAAGCGGGCGGAAACAAAGCAUCUCGAUAAGCGACUUGGCGAACUGGACAAGGGACUCGGGAAAGCCGUGGAGUCUUGCAUCAAAACCAUGAAAAAGGAAAUAUGUGAACAAAUCUUCGAGAAGUAUCCCGAGGCCAUCGAGGAGGCCAUUCGAGUUGCGCCUGAUACUGUGCGUAGCUGGGGUGCACAUAAGCAGGAGGGAGGCCUGGCCUGGGCGACAUAUAAAGCCAUCGUUCGACGAGACGGAGUAUACACAUCAUCCUCCGCUGGCCUUUGGGACUUCAAUACCGAACUGAGUGACCCUAUCAUCAAGCGAUUAGCGAAUAGCUGGGAACGCGCCUUCCAAAAUCGCCUGCCGAAGAUACUCCAAAAUUACAGUCGCGACUCGGGCAAGAUUCUCCAUAGGUUUCACGACACGAUCGAGGAGAGGGCUCGACAGAACGGCGUUGGCCUGGCCAACCUUCAAUUACUGAAGAACCAGAUAUAUACCUGUGAAAACCUAUUCGCCGAAUUCUGCUCCGUCCUUGUAAAUUCCAUGAAUGAACUUCAACGGGAUGCUAAUCGAGAGUUUACUCCAACGAUUGUAACUCUCAUGCGCGACGCAUAUGAGGCAUGUACAGAAGAACAUGGUGCUGGCAGCUUCAAACGCAUGAAGGCCUACAUGGAAGACCAUGUUCAACGCUACAGGUUCAGCAUGUUCAAAGACGCCACCCAGACAGUCCAAGGUCGUCUCAACGAUAUGUGCAAGACUCUCGAAGAAACAAUGGCAGAAAAGGCAGAAGAAAUAUUCUUAUCCAUGCGACAGGACUACAUGAACAUUAUCGGUGGUGCGAAUAUCAGUCAGGAUAAAUUGAUUCCAAGAGCGGAGAGGGCAAUGAGAGCCGAUAUCCUGUCAAUCCUCCUCGGAGUUGAUGAACAGUUCAAGGCUAUCGCUAACGGCGAGAUCGAGGAUAAGGCCGAAGAGCAGACAGCUAGUCAUCAACAAGGCCUCCUCGAAAAAAGUACUGAACCCGUUGGGGAAGAUGGAUUUGAAUCGAAGGGUAUAGAUCCGGAAUUGAUAUUCGAUGAACCCGCUGUAGCUGAAUCCUCCGAAGCCAAAGGUUCACCCAGUAAUUGCAUUUAUCAAGCCACCAUUAAGGAUUCCGACACCGAUAAGGAGAUGGAGUUGUAG